AUGGAUUUUGUAACUGGUUUGUCUCUGACUCCUAGAAAGAAGGAUGCUAUUUGGGUAGUGGUUGAUAGGAAUUUAAUUAAACCAUUUAUGCACUGGAGAGACCGUUUCUUAUUUUGUGCCGAAGCAAUUUAUAAAUCACAGGCUGAAGCAGGUGAAAUCAAAGGGCAUUACUUGAAUGCUACUGCAGGUACAUGUGAAGAAAUGAUCAAAAGGGCCGUGUGUGCUAGAGAAUUGGGAGUUCCUAUCGUAAUGCACGACUACUUAACAGGUGGGUUCACUGCAAAUACUAGCUUGGCUAAUUAUUACCGAGAUAACGGUCUACUUCUUCACAUCCAUCGCGCAAUGCAUGCAUUUAUUGAUAGACAGAAGAAUCAUGGUAUGCACUUUUGUGUACUAGCUAAAGCUUUACGUAUGUCUGGUGGAGAUCAUAUUCACGCUGGAACAGUAGUAGGUAAACUUGAAGGAGAAAGGGACAUAACUUUGGUCUUUGUUGAUUUACUACGUGAUGAUUUUAUUGAAAAAGAUCGAAGCCGUGGUAUUUAUUUCUCUCAAGAUUGGGUUUCUAUGCCAGGUGUUCUGCCCGUAGCUUCAGGGGGUAUUCACGUUUGGCAUAUGCCUGCUUUGACCGAGAUCUUUGGAGAUGAUUCUAUACUACAAUUCGGUGGAGGAACUAGAUUGAAUGAGAUAUGA